AUGCUCGAAACGUACUAUCCACUGAUAAUAUUUCUCUUAAUAUUCUGCAUUAAUCUUAAUGCUAUGCAGUUCCAGAAACGUAUUGAGAAAUUAGAGCUUCAUUGCUUUGAUAACAGUCUCACACACCAAAAAAUGACAAAUCCCGAUUACAAAACUCAAUCUGAUUAUCAGAAAAGUAUUGAACAACCGUCCUUAAGCAAUAAUGUAGAUCUCGAAACCAAAAGAAAUACACCACUUGGUUCGAAAAAGUGGUUGACUCCUAAAAUUAUGUUGUUUUGCAUUCUCGCAAUAACGGCGUUAACUAAUUAUAAUGUCUUUGAUAACAUAAUUACCAGAGCUACACAAAAGACUAAUGCUAAAACUUGCUUCCCACAGUACAUAACUUUGGGAGACAAUUUCUUUUUCAAAUAUGAACUGCGUGGUUCAUGCGAUGCGAUCGACGCCGUUAAGCAACUUAAGGAUCGAUUGUAUUUUGCUGUGUCACAUAUCCCUACAGAAUACAGGCGCAAUAACGCUGCAUGUCUUAAACUUAGUUACGGCAAUUAUUGGGGUUAUUUGGUUACCGAAGGCGCAGGUGACUCAGAUGAAAGCGCUGCAGCCUGUGAUGAUGGUGCUGAAAUGAUAUAG